AUGAUACCAGAUUCAAGUUCGAAAAAUUAUAUAGAAGAGAAUGAGCUGCAACUCGAUUCUUCUGUGGCAAGUAACGAAAAAAUCAAGCACAGUGGUUGGAUUUCGUGGAUGUAUAAGCUAGAUUCUUUUGGUAUAGAAACUAGAGGUAUAGAGAGAGUAUCACCGGAAGAAAGGGAGCUUUUGGCACAGAAAAAAAAGCAUUCGAAGUUGAGACAAUUCAUAAAUGUCUUGGGCUUGUGGGUGGCAGCAUGCGGUGGUUUGACAUCCAUGUCAUCCUUCUUUCUACCAACACUAUUAUUUAACUUAAAUUUUCGUGAUUCUUUGGUCAGCGGUCUAGUUUCUAUGAUUAUAGGCUGUCUCGUACCUGCCUACUGUUCGACUAUGGGCGCAAAAUCAGGGUGCCGUCAAAUGGUUACAGCAAAAUUUUUAUUUGGCUGUUGGGGAGUUAGAAUAGUUGCGAUUAUUGUUAUAAUAAGUAGUCUUGGGUGGUCCGUUGUAAAUUGUGUCUUGGGAGGUCAAGUACUUGGUGCACUUUCGGGAGUUCCAUUAUCAGUUGGCGUGGUGAUAAUAUCUAUCGUAAGUUUGGUGGUGGCUGUUUUUGGUAUUAAAAUAGUCCUAAAGUUUCAAAAUAUUAUUGCAAUUCCCAUGAUAGUAGCUUCGAUUUUGUUUUAUGUUGUUGUUUGUAAAAAAUAUGAUUAUAUCAAACUUACGAAUGAAUUGCUUGCGCAGGAGAAGUUUUCUGGAGAGACUAUUAGAGGAAACUGGCUUUCAUUCUUUACAAUUGGUUAUUCUGUCACAGCUACAUGGGGCGCAGGAGCUUCUGAUUAUUAUAUUUUGUUUCCAGAGAAUACUCCGUCAUGGCAAGUAUUUUCGAUAACUUUUAUUGGUAUAUCGGUUCCGACUACUUUUGUCGCUUUAAUCAGUAUAAUUUGUGGUACAAUUGCUUAUUCAUAUAAACCAUGGAACGAUGCAUACCUAGAAUAUGGAGUGGGUGGUUUGAUUAAUGAAUCUUGUAAACCUUGGGGAAACUUUGGAAAACUUAUUGUUGUGCUUUUAUAUAUUUCAUUGGUGUGCAACAAUAUUAUGAACACAUAUUCAAGUGCAUUUGAAUUCCAGUUAAUCGAUCCUAAAUUGGCUCUCAUUCCAAGAUGGUGCUGGGCAAUAUUAUGCACGAUUAUAUAUCUCGUUGUAUCAUUGGUAGGUAGAGAGCAUUUGUCAACUAUUUUAGGAAACUUUUUACCUAUGUUGGCGUAUUGGAUAUCCAUGUAUAUCACUAUUCUUCUUCAAGAAAAUUUCAUUUUUAGACGGACAGAAAGUACUCGAAGAUUACAUUAUAGAGAAUUCGAAAACAAAAAUUCAGAAGAAGCAGAACAAACAAAUAAAAAGCAUUAUUUGUAUAAUUGGAAUUGCUGGAACCAACCUCAUCUGAUAACUUUUGGGAUUGCAGCACUUAUUUCCUUCGCAAUAGGAAUAAUAGGGGCGGCAAUAGGCAUGAAUCAGGUUUAUUGGCAGGGAUGGGUUGCCAGGAAGAUAGGAGAUUAUGGUGGAGAUAUUGGGUUUUGGAUAUGUAUGGGGUUUACGGGCAUAACAUAUCCAUUUUUGAGAUACGCAGAACUCAAGUAUUACGGAAAAUAG